GUGAGGAACAGUAGUAACAUGGAUCAAUACAGUUUUAAAUGGGGGCUGAUAGCCUUUUUACCUGAUGUACUCCUUAGUAUAUUUUUGAAGAGUGAAACUGCAGAUUAAAUGGCCUAUCCUUUGGGAUAUGAGCUGAUAUGUGCAAGUAGAGCAUUGGAGUGCAACUGAUUCAAAGUGGUGAACCAUGGCACUGCUGCCAAGGGUUAUGCAAGUCCCGACACCAAACUGAACAAAUACAGGAUCGUCCGUCCAUGGCGCUAUUGGAAGAGGAGGAUGGUGAGCAUCCACGUCGUGAGUGGAGUCCCAGUAUGGGACAUGAGGAGCGUAUUCCCAUUCAAAUCAAGGACAAAAGGGAUCCGCGGGCCAACCAAGGAGAUAAUCAGCUUCGGGGCCAUGGCUCUUGUAGCACACCAGAGAAUAUGUUCACUCCUCCCCGCGUAGCAAAUGAAUACCCUCAGGAGGGUCCCCACACAUCCAGUCUUCCUCAGAGUCAAGGUGUUGAGAACAGGGAAAGGGAUCCUGGAUCUCGAUGUCCCCCAAGGCAUGUGAAGGCAGAGAGUGGAUGCGGCCACAGAGGCUCUGCUUCAUCCAGCAGUGGCACCCAGCCUCUUGCACCAGUCAACCCAAACUGCUCAAACGAGAACAAUAUUGACAUUAUUGGGGUAGAGAAUGGAGGACAGAUGGUUGGUGCGAAGGGAGCAGUUGGAGGACCUAACAGGGCUCACAACUCUCUCAUGCGGAGCCAAGGGGCCAACGCUGUGGACUGCCCCCAUCAAAAAUCCCCCCUACAGGGCCACGUGUCGUCUUUCUGUUGCAAAGUUUGUGGGGAGUCAUUUAGUCAUAUUGGUCAUUUGCACGUGCAUGUACAGGUGCACACUCGAGAAAAACCUUACCGCUGUGGAGUAUGUGGAAAAUGCUGUAGCUCCUCCGGCAGACUUCAGGAGCACCAGCGGAGCCACACAGGAGAAAAACCAUUCCGCUGCCAGAUAUGUGGAAAGGGAUUCACACAGAUGGCUCACCUGAAGGUCCACAUGAGGAUUCAUACAGGGGAGAAGCCGUACAGCUGCCCAGUGUGUGGCAAGUGCUUCAGCCGCUCUGACAAAAUCAAAAGACAUCUUCAGACCCACAGCCGUGAUGGAACCUACUUCUCAGGGCAAUGAUACAAGUGGGUUGUUUUUAACAACCCAGUUUGUGAUUCACAUUGAUGUAUGGAAACUCUUCCAUUAAAAAGCUGAAAUUGCUGCCAUUGACAAGGCUUUUCUUUCUACUUUCCAAGAACAAGGGAAUCUGCAACUCUCAAAGAACUUCUUUUUGUAACGUUUUUUAAGUCUAACCUAAUAUUUCUAAGUCCCUAAAUAGAAUUUGUAUUAGCCCGUUUAGUGUGUCAUUUAGUGAAUUUUGUAGCUGUCACCAUGUAUAACAUCUGCAAGAUAAUUUAGUUAUCUACCGUUUUGAAUUAUCUAGGCUUUUGUAGUCAUAAUUAGCACGAGGUCUUCCGCACAUGCCUUGGAACAAAGAUAAAUCAAUUUAAGAUCUUCAGUCUUGGCAUUCAUUUUGUGAUCAUUGGCACAAAUUAACCCAUUAUCACAGUGCUGGAAAUCUGCCUUUGCUUCACAGAAAAAAAACUGUAGGUACUUCUUUCCUUUAGUUUUCCCAUUUGAAUCUUUUGUUGCUUUCUUCCGCGCUGUUAUAUUGUUACAGUACAAAAUACUGCCAUCAGACAUCAGUGCUUCAUGCUGUCAACUAAACAAAGGACAAAUAUGCUGUGAGACUGCUUCACUAUUUACUGAAAUAAUGUGAAAUGUAUAAUACCACUACUCCAGAGCCCUGCCACUUUCCUUUUUUUUUGUAUCAGUUAUUUAAUGACAUGCACUAUGGCAUCUGCCCUAAAAGAUGCAUUAAAAAGGGCCAUACAUUAGUAGCUUACAUCUGUUUGUGUGUUUUUUUUAUGGCUGUGUACUUCCACCAUGGUAACAGUUGUGGUUAAUUUUCUCACAUGUUAGCUGGAUGGGAUAACCUUCUUCCUUCACAUCUCUGACUGCUCCCUGAAAGGGAGAUCCUGGAUUUACAUUUAGCCUCUCAGGAUAGAUGCUGCAUAACAUGAAGGUCAUAUCACAUAUGUAAAAAUACCAGUCCGUAUCUGAGCUCCACCAAGUGAAGAUGAAUGAUUAAAAAAUUAUGAAAUUGUGGUACCUUUAAUCGUGUAUGUCAGAUCUCAGUUGUCACCUCACUGGUCUCAUGUGAUGAAUGCAGCAUAAAAUGUCCAGCAAGUCUUCACAGUUGACCAGCAGCGCUUCGCUAACAGUCUCCAACACAGGGUGUCUGCUCCCCAGCACACACACUCCACUGUACAGUGUUGUAUCCUUGCCUCUUAAAUGGUAUUUUUAAU